CCAGGACCUUCCCCUGUGCAGCUUACCCGAACCUAUUCGUCAUCAAAGUACUGUAGUUGCUUGCGUCCCGAAAGGGCUUUGCAUCUUCGUCAUCAAGUUUCUCCGAUGUCAUCAGAGCCAAGAGAUAGAGAAAUUUGAAGAGCGUCUUGUACUUGCUUAUCCACGAACAUGCCGCCUUCUUCAACUUCUAAUCCCUAUGAAUCUCCUCUUCCCAAAUCAGACUCCAACAUAGUUACCAUUAAUGUAGGUGGCCAAUUCUUCCAAACCACGAAGCAGACUCUGAAUUCUGCCGGCCCCAAGUCUUUCUUCGCCAAAAUCGCCCAAUUUCAAUCCUCUACCCCAUUCAUUGACAGGGAUCCUGAGUUGUUCGCUGUCCUCCUUUCCCUUCUCCGAACCGGUAAUCUUCCUUCCAGAGCCAAGGCAUACGAUCUUCAAGAUCUGAUUUUCGAGUCCCAAUUUUACGGCAUCGAGCACACACUCAGGAAUUCCCUAUCCAGUCCUUCUCAGUUCGAGCCCUUCAACCUCCAGAAAUCGAUUGUUUUACCUCUUAACGGUCGAGAUACACCCUCCGCCAUUGCCGUCUCAAGGUUCGGUUCGGUUCAUGUCGCGCAUGGCAGCAAGAUAACAUCCUUUGAUUGGUCCCUUAGACGCAAGUCCACUUUUUUGACGCAAUUCAUGGCCGUCGAUUCUCUAUCACCCCUCUCCGAUUCGGUGGUGGCUGCGGGUGCCCAUGACUAUUCGGGGUUGCAAAUUAUUGAUUUGACAAGGAAGGUUAUCGAAACGACCUUAGACUGGGAGAACGUGACCAGGUCUGGUUCCACCGUCCUAGCAAUCGGGUCUUCGCCGGAGCACCUGUUUGCGAGCUUCGAAUCAGGUCGCCGCAAUUCAAAUUCAAUAAUGGUAUAUGAUUUACAUACUUUUAGCCCCAUUACAGAGAUUGGUCACAAUGAGAUCUUUGGUGCCGAUAUCGAUUCCGCGAUCCCAGCAACGAAACUGAAAUGGGCUUCGGGAUACAACUUGCUCAUGGCAUCUGGGUCUCAUAGCGGUCCUUCUGGAGUAUCGGGCAACAUAAGAUUAUGGGAUGUGAGGUCCGGGAAAGUUGUUUGGGAGGUGAUGGAGAAGAUAGAUUGUUUUGCAGACGUGACGGUUUCAGAUAACUUGUCAGUGAUCUUCAAGGUUGGGGUACAUUCUGGGGAGGCAUUUUUCGUGGAUAUGCGUAAUCUAAGCACUGGGAAUUCCUGGGUCUGUCUUGGUGACAAUAGAAAAGUGUUGAAUGGGAAGAAGGAAGGCAUAGGAUGCAAGGUUGAAGAUCAAGGGAAUCAAGUGUUCUGCAGCAAGGGAGGAGACAUAGAAAUGUGGUCAGAGGUUAUAACGAGCUCUGCAAAGAAAGGAGAGGAGAAGUUAGAUGACAGGAUAUUCAAGAAGAACUUGAUUGGUAGGGUGAAGGACACUGGAGGUUCUAAGAUCACCAAUCUGGCCUUUGGAGGGAAUAAGAUGUUCUUGACCAGGAAGGAUCAACAAUUUGUUGAGGUUUGGCAGAGUUCUACGGUGGAAUUUUGAUCUCCUCAUCAUACAACUAGGCGCUCUCAUGGGUUAAUCUGUCUUAACGUAAAUUGUAAAUAUCACUUUCAUUAGAUAUCUCCCAGUAGCUGUAUUUGUGCGUGUGUGUUUGUGUUCCCACCCCAUGUACUUAAAUAGAGCCUUCUAUGAAUUAUGAAAUCGAAUCAUCUUAAUCUUAUUGUUGAAAA